UAAUUCGGUGCAAGUAUUGUGAUAUCAAUUCUUUGAUUUGUGAUUGACCACGUAACUGUCAGCGAGGAAGUGAGCUUCGGUUUGUGUGUUUGAAGGCAAGCCUACUAACGACAAACCUCAUACUGUUCCCCUCAACAUGCCAGCAGGGCUGUUAAGCAGGGAUGUUUGUCCUGCCCCAGCGUGGCGGUUGCAGACGGGAAUGAAGUCGUGGAGACAUUGUAGCCCCCACUUCUUCAGUUGGGUCAGAAACUGAAUCCAGUCAGACUGAUGUAUUGAACUGCUUCUCCGCCGACUGCGGACAUUGAGCAGAAACCCCGGGAAGGCCUCCGCUGAGCAGCAAGCGAGCCCUCCUCCAUGCUCUGCAACAUCCUCUUCUCUAGCCGCGGCAAAACAGCCUCGCUCUGCUUGUGUCCGUGCGGAUAGGGUGCCGAAGCAGCGUUUCCAAAACCUGUAGUUCUGCCCGUGCCUUCCUUCUCGCCUCAUCUCUCCCUUGGCCCUCUGUUCUGUAUCGCAUCAAACAGGAACUGCUUGUUCUCGCCAUUGAGGACCCUCACAGUCUAUCUCAGCCUGAUCUCUCAUCUAGUACCCGCCUCAUUUUAGCCUCCGGUGCCCGCCCCGGUCAUCUCCUUGCUGGAUUUUUAAAUGAGCACUUUUUGUGUUUUCUCCCAUGCUAGUCCUUGCAUGUGGGAGGUGCACCCUACCGACAUCUGGAAAACUACCUUGUUAUUCUCUUAAAACCCUCUGUUAAACUUUCUUUGCCUACAAAGUAACGUGGCACUAGUUAAUAUGAGUGCAUGUCAGGCUGGUCCGUAUUUCCACGCUGUUUCUUUCUAGUCUCUAUCUGUCUCCAUCUGCAAGCUUCUUUUAGCCAGGGCCAGCUUUGUUUUAGGUCUGUACAGCCCCUAGCACAGUCCGCUCCUGCCAUGAUAAUGCAAGUAACAGAAGACUGAGGGAUUCUUAAAGGCACACGUACAAUUCAGUGUCCUGAGCAGAAUGAGUGCUGCUCUCGAAUCCCAGCUCUGCAACAGCAUUGCUUCCACUCUGCUUAAAUGCCUGUGAUUUGGACCAUUUCCAGGCCCCGGGGAACCUUCUGUUCAGGUCCAGCACCAUGUCGCCUGCAUGCUCACAGCGUAAGCUUGGUCAUGGGCAGCUGGGCUCUGUAAGUCCACCACCACCUCUCCCCAUUCUCAUUUUUUUUUGGUUUUUUCCUUUCUUUUUGCAGUAGCUGCAGGCCCUCAGCAGGGGCUCCAAAGCCUUGUUUGCUUUAGCUGGGGAGAUGUUUGCCUUUGCAGUACUUGGCUGCAGAAUUCCACAGCCUCCAGCUGCCAGGGAAACCUGGAGCAGCUCUGCUGAUUUAUUAGGGCACAGUGCGUGCCUCAGAACUCCUUUCUGCGAGAGGCAGCAUUGAUCCUGCUCUAUGCUGCGUGGGGCAUUUUUGUUUCUGCUUACUCAGAUUCUAAGCAGGAAUUGCCCAAAACACGGUGAGGAAAAGACUUCAUUUCAUCCAGCUUGCUGCUGCAGAAAGUCUCAGCAUGAGAGCUCAGUAAGGUUUCCCUGGCACAGUGGCAAGGAGCCAAGCAGUGGGUGGACUGCUGUUCUUGAGAUGCACUGACCCAUAAGAGAAGUGAAGGUGUCUCGAUGCCCCCAGGAGUCCCGAUGGACACUCUGGAUGCAUACCCCUGUGGCUCAGACCACACACCCAGCCCCAUGGCCAGCCGGUUGCCUCUGGAAGCAGCACCCAUCCUGGAGAGGCCGGAGGCCCGCCUGACUGCUGUGGCUGUGAAUGCAGAGGAAGGCCACACCAUCGCUUUCCUAGGGGACAGUCGAGGACGACUUCACAAGGUCUACCUCGGUGCAACGGGUGAUGCCAGUAUAUACGCCUCUCUAGUCAUCCAGUUAAACAGCGCUGUGAGCGGAGACCUGCUGUUUGACCAGGCACAGCAGCACCUCUACGUCAUGACCCAGUCAAUGGUGGCAAGGGUUCCCCUCUUUGAAUGUUCACGGCACUUGAGCUGUGCCUCAUGUUUGGCACUGCGAGAUCCGUACUGUGGCUGGUGUGUUCUUCAAGGACGCUGCAGCCGCCGCUCUGAGUGCCUGAGAUCUAGAGUGAGUGACCAGUGGCUCUGGAGCUUCAAUUCUACACAGCAGUGCUUGUCUGUCCAGUCGCUAAGUCCAGCUAACAUCAGCAGAGAAGAAAAGAGAAAUAUAUUCCUGACUAUCCCGGACCUGCCCUCCCUGCGCGAGGAACAAUCCUACUCAUGUUACUUUGAGGACUAUGAGAGUCCAGCAGCGCUGAUAGAGUCAGGCAUUGUGUGUCCCUCACCUGACCCCAGCCAGGCACCGACUCUGCAAACAGGAACAGACCACAUAACCAUCAAGCUAGUGGUGCGCUUCCAUGAUACCUUCAUUGUGUCAGUGGACUUCUCCUUCUACGACUGUGCUGCUGUAGCUCUGAUGUGGCAGUCAGCACCGUGCCAGAAAUGUGUGAGCAGUUGCUGGGGAUGUAACUGGUGCAUCCGGCAACACCUCUGCACCCACAAAGCCACCUGUGAAGAAGGAACCAUUAUCUACAAUGAGAGGGCACAGAUUCCAACCUCAAGUCCAUUUCCUUCUUCAGCCGCUCCCAGCACCAUGUCCUCCACCCACACCCUGGCGGAGGCCAUUGAACCUGUCACUUCCCCACCUCCUACAGUGGUUACCACCAUGCCCACCACCAAGCCCGCCCCCACCACUCUGCCUGCCAUCCCUAACCCAACCAGUGAGCCCACAGGGACCUUUGGCCACCCGAGCUCAGCACCUCCGAUUACCGUCCUCCCCACUUCUCUUAAGAUGGCCACAGAAUCCACAGUGCCGCCCUCGACAGAUGCACCCACUGCCAUCGGCCUCACCACAGAGCUGCCUGUGGAGUCUGCCGCUACCAGCCCAGCAGAGCCUGCGGAGCAGACCGCUUUGCCCUCCCCUGCACCAGCCACAGUCCCGGAAGAGCUGUACACAGACCCACCCACCACCGCUGCCGUCAGCACUCUUUUGCCUGCUGCGGCAGCUGUGACCCCUUCCUCUGAUGUCACUGGUUCCCCCUGGCCUCCCACUUCUCUCCCAGGUGCUGAGGCAUCCACAUCUGCUGUCCCCUCUCCUCUCACCCCCAACCAGACGUCAGGUGCCCCCACUUCCUCUGCUGAUUUCCCAGGAGAUCUAGAGACUGAACUGCCCGCCUCUGAGGUUCCCUCUUCAGUUCUUCCAGACGGGCUGCUUGGAGAAGGCACGGAGCUGAAGGAUGCAGAGGACUGGAUGGAUCCGCUGCAGACAGAGAAUGAUACGUCGCCCUUCUCUGCUUCCACUCUUCUCUCAGGCGACGGAGACUCAUCAGAGAGGGAUGCACCUGACUUCCCCAGGAUUCUGCACCCUGGCCUUGAUUACCAGUACGACGUCCCUGGGUUCUUGGACGUGAAUGAAGAGCUCAGCUGGGGUCCCAGAGCCUGUCCCUGUGUUCAGGGCAUUCAGGGAUCCUCUCUGUUUCCAGUCAACGUAGAGCGGAAGAUAACCCUGCUGGGGAGAAACUUCCAUCUGUAUGAGGAUCAGCAGUGGGAUUAUGAGUGUGUCCUUGUUCUGGAGGGCCGGACCAUGGCAAUGGAUGCUUAUGUGGAAUGGGAGGAAGCAAACCCAUCGCUCUGCUAUAUCACAUGCCAGCUCGACCCGUAUAGUUACACAGCACCUCAGCUUGAAUUCAGUGCUUUGCUGUUUGUGCAGAGGCAGCAACAUCUCCGAGUGGACAGCGCAGCAGAUCUCCAUGUGACACUCUAUAACUGCUCUGUGGGACACGCCGACUGCAGCCGCUGCCAGACGGCUGACCCCAAGUACAGCUGUGUGUGGUGUGGUGGGGAGCAGCCCAGCUGCAUCUUCCGGGAGUCUUGCAGGGAAGAGGUAGAAGACUUAUGUCCGGCACCCCUCAUUCACUCAGUUUAUCCUCUGUCUGGUCCAGUAGAGGGCGGCACCCGAAUCACCAUCGCGGGCUCAAACCUCGGCCGGAAGCAUCAGGACAUUGCAGAGACUGUCACCGUGGCAGGAAUUCCCUGUACUGUGGAUGCUCUACAGUAUGAAAUUUCCAGCAGUAUUGUGUGCACCACUGGCAGCAGCUGGACAGAGAGGGCUGGGCAUGUGGCAGUGGAAGUGCCGGGAGGAGGACACGGAGUUUCGGGGCACGUUUUCACCUACCAGAAUCCAGAGCUGAGGUCCAUUGUCCCCGCUCGAGGCCCUAAAGCCGGAGGAACCUGCCUCACUCUGCUGGGCUCCAAGCUGGUGACUGGGCGCCCCAGCGAGAUCAGCGUUCUGGUCGGAGACCUCCCCUGCCACAUCCUCGGCGAGAUGCAGGAGAGUCAGCUGAAGUGUCAGACAAGUCCCAGCAAUGUGUCCACACAGCUGCCGAUAACUGUCAAGUAUGGAGACAGGGAGCGGAGGCUGGAAGGCUCCCUUUUCACUUACACUCUGGACCCCAACAUCACCUUUGCAGAGCCGCCCAAAAGCUUCCUCAGUGGAGGGAGAGUGAUUCGAGCUCAUGGACGGGACCUGGACGUUGUGCAAAGACCUAAGAUCCGGGUGACAGUUUCACCACCCGAGCGCCGCCGCCGCGGGCUGGGGAGGUGGCGUCGCAUCGUCCCAGAGGCUGAGUGCCCAGAGAGCGCCCUGUGUAGCAUCCAGCAGUUUGAGGAGCUGUGUCUUGUGAACUCCUCCUGCCUGAUCCUGUGCAAAACGCCAGCCAUUCGCGCACCGCUGCACAACGCCCGUGUCCGACUGGAAUUUAUUCUUGACAACCUGAGCUUUGACUUCAACUUCUUGCACCCCACACCCUUCUCUUACGAAGUCAACCCAGUCCUGAAGCCCCUGAAUGCUGAGGACCCUGCCAAACCGUAUCGGCACAAGCCAGGCAGUGUCAUCUCUGUGGAGGGGGAGAAUCUGGACCUGGCCAUUUCCAAGGAGGAAGUGAUGGCUAUGAUUGGGGAAGGGGUCUGCGUGGUGAAGACGCUGACAAGGAACCACCUCUACUGCGAGCCUCCAGCUGAGCAGCCAGCCCCGCGGCACCGCACAAAGCGGGAGGGCACGGACUCGCUCCCGGAGUUCACGGUGCAGAUGGGGAACCUGGACUUCCUUCUGGGUAGGGUGCAGUAUGACACAGAGAGCCAGCUCGCCUUUCCACUGGAGGCCCAGGUCGGCCUGGGUGUUGGCACCUCCUUUGUGGCCUUGAUCGUGCUGGUCAUCGUCUUCAUCUACAGAAGGAAGAGCAAACAGGCCCUGAGGGAUUACAAGAAGGUUCAGAUCCAGCUGGAAAAUCUGGAAACGAGCGUUCGAGACAGAUGCAAAAAGGAGUUCACAGACCUGAUGACAGAGAUGAUGGAUCUCACUAGUGACCUUGUGGGCACCGGGAUCCCCUUCCUGGAUUAUAAGUCAUAUGCAGAGCGCAUUUUCUUCCCUGGGCACCGCGAGUCACCGCUGCAGAGGGAUCUGGACAUCCCAGAGUGCCGCCGCCAAACAGUGGAGCAGGGCUUGGUGCAGCUUUCCAACCUCCUCAACAGCAAGCUGUUCCUCACCAAGUUCAUCCACACUCUGGAGAUCCAGCGCACCUUCUCCCCAAGGGACCGGGCCUACGUGGCUUCCCUGCUCACAGUUUCGCUGCAUGGGAAGCUGGAGUACUUCACAGACAUCCUCAAGACGCUGCUGAAUGACCUCGUGGAGCAGUAUGUGGCCAAGAACCCCAAGUUGAUGCUGCGCAGGACAGAAACAGUGGUGGAAAAGCUGCUCACUAACUGGAUGUCCAUCUGCCUGUACGCUUUUGUACGGGACUCCGUGGGGGAGCCACUCUACAUGCUCUUCCGUGGCAUCAAGCACCAGGUGGACAAGGGGCCUGUCGACUGGGUGACAGGGAAGGCCAAGUACACCCUUAAUGACAACCGCCUUCUGCGUGAGGACAUGGAGUACCGGCCCCUGACACUGACUGCCCUGAGCCAGGCAGGAGGCACCGAAGACAGCUCAGAGGACUCCCAGGGGGUCUCUGUGAAAGUGCUGGACUGCGACACCAUCAUGCAGGUGAAGGAGAAGGUCCUGGAUCAGAUCUAUAAGGGGACGCCAUAUGGUCACCGGCCCGACCCAGAUUCCCUGGACCUCGAGUGGAGAUCGGGGCUGGCAGGUCACCUGAUCCUUUCUGACGAGGACGUGACCUCCGUCAUUCAGGGAACCUGGAAGCGCCUGAACACGCUUCAGCACUACAAGGUGCCUGAUGGAGCAACGGUAGCACUGGUCCCACGUCUGACCAAACACAUCCCCCGGGAGAAUCAGGACUACAUCCCUGGAGAAAAAACUCCAAUGCUGGAGGAUGCAGAUGAGGGAGGAAUAAAACUUUGGCACCUGGUGAAACCCACAGAGGAGCCGGAGCUGCCCAAGCACCGUCGAGGAAGUUUGCGGGACAGGGAGCGAGCCAAGGCCAUUCCAGAGAUUUAUCUGACACGCCUCCUCUCCAUGAAGGGAACGUUGCAGAAGUUUGUAGACGACUUGUUCCAGGUGAUCCUCAGCACCAGCCGCCCCGUCCCCCUGGCUGUCAAAUACUUCUUCGACCUGCUGGAUGACCAAGCAAUGCAUCACGGGAUCACAGACCCCGAGACCAUCCACAUCUGGAAGACAAACAGCCUGCCCCUGCGCUUCUGGAUCAACAUCAUCAAGAACCCCCAGUUUGUGUUUGACGUGCAGACGUCAGACAAUGUCGACGCCGUGCUCCUGGUCAUCGCCCAGACCUUCAUGGACUCCUGUACCAUCGCUGACCACAAGCUGGGACGGGACUCCCCAAUCAACAAGCUGCUCUAUGCCCGAGACAUUCCUCGCUACAAGCAGAUGGUGGAAAGGUACUAUGCGGACAUUCGCCAGACCAUCUCUGCCAGCGACCAGGAGAUGAACUCUGCCCUGGCUGAGCUCUCAAGGAAUUACUCAGGUGAACUCAAUUCCCUUGUGGCUCUGCACGAACUCUACAAAUACAUCAACAAAUACUACGACCAGAUCAUCACUGCCUUGGAGGAAGACCCGACCGCCCAGAAGAUGCAGCUUGGCUACCGACUGCAGCAGAUUGCUGCUGCCGUGGAGAACAAAGUCACUGACUUGUGACCCCAGCAGACAGGCUGCGAGGCUCUUGGCUGGGGAAGAGAUGGACUGUGCUGCUCACGGGCGUUUUACAGCCAGACAGGAGGUCCCGCUCGCUGCCUGGCCCCAGCAUCCCUGCGGCGCAGGCGUGUGACCCGAGAGGGGGUGGCCAAUCUAACACAGAGUCCAAGCGUACUUGUGUCUCAGAGGAUCAUUUUUUAUGGAUUUUUUCCUUUCUAAAACGAGCACUGCUGCUGCUGCAGACUCUCCAGACCAGAGCACCAGGGCCCAGCGGUGUCCUUCAGACACCGUGAAUGUGUCACCGAGCCAGACAACACAGGAGCUCCAGGACCAGGCCAUGUGUCUGCCCUCUCUGGCCUCCUAGGAGCCCCUGACCUCACACUGGUGCCAUGGACAUCCCCGCAGUCUGGCCUCUCACCUGGAUGCCACAUACCCACCACAGGUCACACAGCCACUAUGCGAGGCCCCAGCUGGUGCUGGACCAGUUGCCACAUGAGCUUCCCAAGGCCUCUCAGGAACCUGCCGGGAUCUUGGGAAGCCCAGUGCAGCCUGGCCUGACCUUAUGGAGAGGUGGGCACUUCUCCCGCCAUGGCUCAGGGAGCCUUCCCUGGUGGUGUCACCCCACACACUGGGGAGAUGCCCAGGAGAGCUGGGUGCAGGGAGAAGGGACAGGUUGGAGGGAAGGGGUGAUAGUCUCUUGCACUCAGGUUCUGGUCUCGCUCCCUGCUCACGAGCAGUGGGCAGUGCUAGUGGGCGUGACAUGCUCAUCACAGGAUGACCAGCCCUGAGGGUUGUGCCCAGUCCUGGAUGUGGGCAGACCCUGCUCUACUGCCUGUUCCCUUGGACUGAAGUUAGCGCAACCUGGCAAAGGGACCAGAUGGCUCUGAUGCACUGCCCUGUGAUCCAGCUAUGAGUCUGUCCCUCUGGGUCUCUCCUGCCCAAGAAUGCCUUGUGGCUAUGCCCCUCCAGCUGGGCCCUGCUGAGGCUGCUGCUCUGAGCUGGACCAUGAACGCCCUGGAAGGACAGAGCACGUAAGCGCCGAGGGGGUGCUGCUCUGUGCAACUGUCCUUCACUUGGGUGAGUGUCCCUCUGGGCCAGGCUCUUCUGCCAUCCAGACCUGCUGUCAGAGCGGGAACAGUGCCCUGUGGGCAGAGCUGGGGAGAGGGUCCAGCUUUUCCAGGCACAUCAGACUCAAACCCCUUCUGGCCUCCAGCUUUGUGACCUUUCCAUCUCACUGAUGGCCCCUUCCUGGGGCUUGCAGGGCUGGGCAGGGCAGCUGCAGCCCCAGCAGGCUUGGGAAUCUUCUGUCUGAGCCCCUGCAGUGCCCUCAGUCCUGGGUACAGCUAGCGAGAAGAGGAUUGCCAUGUUCAUCCAGCUGCCUGGAGCCAAGCACUUGUCUGACCAGCGCUCCUGCUCGGUCCUUCAGCUUUCCCCUGCAGCCUGAGGGCAGCAGUUGCUGGAGCGUGACACUCUUCUUGCACCUUAACCAAGCUGGGAGGUGUGGCAGGUUCCAGUGCCUCUUUCCUCUGCUCCGCUCCGCUCCGCUUAUGGAGAGGUCACAGAGCUCUUUUCUCCAGGGACACUCGUGUGAAAACAGCAAUAACAAAAAAUACAGAUUGGUUAGAAAGUGAGAAAAUUGAGCUAAAAGAAGAGGGAUGGUUUACGGACCUCUCCAGCUGGAGACUUCUCACCAGCAAAACAGGAUGGGCAGCAUGGUUGGGUCUGUAGCACCUCUCCGCCGCGACCGUUCUGCUCAGCCUCUCCUGUUGGGCUGCCCAAGGCCCUCGCAGCCUCAGCCCCCUUUUCAGUCCUUCCGUGAGGGUCAGCUCGUAUGUUCAGAUGUGCCCCCUGGGGCUCUCAGUCCGUGUCAGUCACGCGGUGCCGCUGCAGAGUGAGGUUUCGAGCUUAAAAGUCAGUCCUUUGAUAAGCAUUUCUGUGUGAUGGGGAAGAGCACGUAGCAGGUUCGUUCCAGCAGCCCCACAUGGUUCCACCUGCCAUUCCCGUCUCCACGGGCUGGCGUGUCAUAAGCCAGGGACUUCCAUUUCUGCAGGUUGGGUAGGGUCACCUACCCAACCCGGGACCCCAACCACGACUGGGAGCCGGGUCAGGUGUGUGUGCUGCGAUAUGCCCUCUGGCUCAGCAGGACGGAGGGAGGUCGCACCCUUCAUUCUUCUGUCACCACGAAACGCAACUUGUGGGCAGAGCCUUGACCGGCUGUCACAGGUCCGGCGCGACUUGCCUCAGGGAGGCAGAGAGAAGUUUGCUUCGAGAACGGGGGAGCGGGAUCCAAAGUAGCAUUGCCAGGCUGCAGCAGCAACGUCCCAUGGUGGCGGACCUGACGAGCUGGGACUGAGCUCCCGCCUCUGGCUGCGGAGUCCCGCUGGCAGCUCAGCUUUCACUUGCACCCACACGGUUUUCUUUACAACAAUAAGGGCUAGAAGCUUUUUAAACAAAUGCUUACAUUUUGCAGAAAUUGGGGGGGAGGGAGGGGGGGGAUACAGCCAGGGCGUAGCACAUGCCGGCACGCUCUGGUCCCAGCCUGCACUGUGAUUCUGCUUUUGGUGCCUUUCUCCCUGGGCUGAGUCCUUUGGUUUCCAGGACACCAGGUGCGUUUGCGCUGAUAUGUCUGCCCCUUGGGGGAACGUACAUUCACCUCCUGUCUCCACGCUGCCCUUCUCUAUUUCCCAGUUCGCUGCCAUCUGGCUGGCCCCGUGUCCAUGCCCUGUUCCUUCUCGUUGAAGUCCUGUCUGAGCCCCUUUGUGCCAUCUUUCUCAAAUUGGAAUUAAUUAUUAAUAUAAAAAGCUUGAAAAAUCUGAAUUUUGUUACAUAGUGUAAUAACUGUUUGUAGAUACGAUUGUGAGAUGUAGGAAUCUAUUGGUGAGAUGAGAGGUUAUGUCUGUAAAUAAGCAGUUUAGACCCAAAUGAUUUUAAUAAAGAGAGAAUUCUUACCUGA